CUGGCACACAGACCUUUCUUAACAUUCGGUGGAAUGCGUAAGAGGAUGCCGUGUACAGUACUCCUAUUCAGCUUUUAGCAGAACUGUAAACACCUCGGACUGUCAAGGCUGGAGUGGGUGGAAGGAAGAAAACAUUUGAACAAGAUGUCUCCUGCUGGUUUUUGGAUAGUGCUGCUGCUGGGUUGUACAGCCCUGUGUCAUGCAGCACCUACCAUUGCCCCAACAGCACCUACCAAUAAUUCAACAGUUUCCCCAGAGGAACAAGACCUGGCUAAGGAAUACGUUUCUCAGUUCUACAGUGAUGUUGGGACAAAAAAUACCUCACUUCGAAGCCUCACUAAUAAUACCUUCCGCGAGGAUCUAGAGGCCAUGCAGGCCUUCUUUGGCCUGGAGGUGACUGGCGUCGUGAACAAUGAGACGAUUACGAUAAUGAAGUCACCUCGGUGUGGUGUGUCAGACAUCAGCCGAUAUGGUCACUUUGCUGGGAAACCCAGAUGGCAGAAGAGGCUAGUCACAUACAGAAUCACUCGGUACACUCCAGAUCUGACCCAGAGAGAGGUAGAUACAACCAUUGGUCAAGCCUUCCAGCUCUAUAGCGAUGUCAUCCCGCUGGACUUUAAACAGAUCUACAGCGGCACUGCAGACAUUAUGAUCCUCUUCAAGGGUGGAUAUCACGGGGACUUUUACCCUUUUGAUGGGGCGGGUGGAGUCUUGGCUCAUGCUAACUCUCCUGGACAGAAUCAGGGAGGGGACACACACUUUGAUGAUGAUGAAACCUGGACCCUAACCCGAAGAGGUGUGAAUUUGCUGCUGGUGGCAGCUCAUGAGUUUGGCCACGCACUGGGCCUGGAUCACUCUAGGGACAGACGUGCACUAAUGUUCCCCACUUAUCAAUAUGUCAACACCUACGGAUACAGGCUGCCAGAUGAUGACAGGCGUGGGGUUCAGGCCCUUUAUGGCAGCCGUAAACCACAGCCUACAGCAAAACCAACACAACCUGCGCCAGAUCCUGAACCAGAGCCGGAGGAACCAACAGAGGAUCCUCUGACAAAUCCCAAAGAUGAGCAGUGCAGCCGCGGGCUUGUGUUUGACGCUGCGACUUCCAUCAAAGGAGAACUCUAUUUCUUCAAAAAUGGAUACUAUUGGAGGAAGAAUUCACGGGGAAUCCGUUUAACUAAAGUGAGCAGAAAAUGGCCACGAAUUCAAUAUGUCGAUGCUGCCUUUGAAGUCCCAAACAAGGAUGUGGUUUAUUUGUUUGAAGGUAAUCAAUACUGGGGCAUAAGGGCUUCUGGCUUAAAGGCAAUCCUUCCAGGCUACCCAAAGUCUCUCACCAGCUUGGGCCUCCCUUCUUCGGUCAGUAAGGUGGAUGCAGCAGUCUAUGUGCCAACUACAGGAAAAACACUUAUUUUUGUCAAUAGACAGUAUUGGAGCUAUGAUGAGAGCAGAAAUCGAAUGGAUUACGGAUACCCACGAUUAAUCACUUGGGAUUUCUCUGGCAUAGGCUCCAAAGUUGAUGCAGCCUUUGAGAAUUAUGGGUAUCUAUAUUUCUCAUCUGGUGCCAGACAGAGUGAAUACUACCUGCCAUACAAGAGAGUCAUGCGUGUACUGCUGAACUAUGGCUGGCUCAACUGUUACUGAGAAGAGAUGCAACAACACAGUUAUGUACAGUCUAUGUCCAAGAUGUAACUGCAUGUAUAUCAUGAAAAAAAUGUAUGACGUGGGGAAGUCUCAGAGACAGAUGUUUUGUGGUCAAUGUUUUGUGGUUGAUGUUUAACAGGGCAGUCAAAUAAGGCAAAGGCCAGUCAGUGAUUAUCAUUCAAUCAAUUCUGUAAAUCAUCUUUGACCUGCUUAAAUGUUUGUUUUUUCUGUCCUGAAAUCUUUAAAGAAUGUACUGAGACGUUUACUCAUUUAGUGAUAUUAAAUUGCACAAUUUUGGGUGUAAAACGA